CUCACAUCAGCAGCUGGGCUCUCUCCACUCCCCAUCUCUCUAAGCCGAGCCUACUCCCUCCUCGCCAGUCUAACCAAUGAGUUUCGGCGGAGAAAAAACCCCAAGCAGUGUGUUAUGGGGGAGGAUUAAAACAUGUGUGUUCAAGAGUAAAGACCAACGACAGUUGAUCUGAUCGAGGCUCCUGAAAGCACCACCUUCAUGUCCUGUCUCUCGUCAGUGCUGAGUCAAAAGAGCCUGUCUCCUGUGAGUGUGCCAAGUCUUCACUGAGAUCCCUCGACCCACCACUACAUUUUACCAUCCCACGGAGUCACCACAUCGCACUGCUUCGCUGGUUGGGAGCUCCUCUUGCCCUGAGCCAGGAUGAAUGAUGUUCAGGAGGCCACCUCCCCUGCGACUAGCCUCAGCGGUCCGGCUACCUGCGUCUGUAAAGUAGAGCUGCGUGUGUCUUGCAAAGCCCUGCUCGACCGAGACACGCUGAAUAAGUCAGACCCAUGUGUCAUAGUCAUGGUCCAGACCAACGGACAGUGGACCGAGCUGGACAGGACAGAAGUGAUCAAGAGCAACUUGCACCCGGUCUUUGCCAAGGUGUUCUCUCUGGACUACUACUUUGAGGAGGUUCAGAAGCUGCGAUUUGAAGUCUACGACAUCCAUGGCACUCAUAGCAUCGGCACCCGUGAUGAUGACUUUCUGGGGGGGGUGGAGUGCACUCUUGGCCAGAUCGUGGCCCAAAAGAAGAUGUUGAAGCCUUUGUUGCUGAAGUAUGGGAAAUAUGCCGGCAAAUCCACCAUCACGGUGCACGCUGAGGAAAUUUCUGGCAACAACGGGUAUGUGGAGCUUUCCUUCUGUGCCAAGAAGCUUGAUGAUAAGGAUCUCUUCAGUAAGUCAGACCCAUUUUUGGAAAUAUACCGAAUCAAUGACGAUGAAACUGAACAACUUGUGCACAGAACUGAGGUGAUUAAAAACAACCUGAAUCCUGUGUGGGAGCCCUUUAAAGUGUCUCUCAUAUCCCUGUGCAGCUGUGAUGAGGACCGGAAGCUCAAGUGCCUAGUGUGGGAUUAUGACUCCAGGGGGAAACACGACUUCAUUGGCGAGUUCUACGCCACUUUCAGGGAAAUGCAGAAUAUUGCCAGUGGAAAUAAGGUGACGUGGGAUUGUGUAAAUCCCAAGUACAAACAGAAGAAAAGGAACUAUAAAAAUUCAGGAGUUGUCAUCCUCAGUGACCUUAAGCUACACAGAGUGUACUCCUUCUUAGAUUACAUCAUGGGAGGAUGCCAGAUUCACUUUACGGUUGCCAUUGACUUCACAGCCUCCAAUGGAGACCCAAGGAACAGCUGCUCUUUGCACUACAUCAACCCUUACCAGCCCAACGAGUACCUGAAGGCUCUGAUAGCAGUGGGGGAGAUCUGUCAAGACUAUGAUAGUGACAAAAGAUUUUCAGCUUUGGGGUUUGGUGCCAGAAUCCCUCCAAAUUAUGAAGUGUCUCAUGACUUUGCUAUCAAUUUCAACCCAGAAGAUGAUGAAUGCGAAGAGAUCCAAGGAGUGGUUGAGGCGUACCAGAACUGCCUUCCUAAGAUCCAAUUGUAUGGCCCAACCAAUGUUUCGCCCAUCAUUAACAGGAUAGCCAAGCUGGCAGCAGGCGACGGCAUCAUCAAAGAUGCUUCUCGAUACCACAUCCUGCUCAUCCUCACAGAUGGUGUAGUGACAGACAUGGCAGACACGCGCGAAGCUAUUGUACGAGCGUCCUACCAGCCUCUCUCCAUAAUCAUUGUUGGUGUGGGCAAUGCAGACUUCACAGACAUGGAGAUUUUGGAUGGAGAUGACGGAGUCCUACGCUCACCGAAGGGCGAGCCAGUCCUCAGGGACAUUGUGCAGUUCGUGCCCUUCAGAGACUUCAAAACGGCUUCACCUGCAGCACUGGCCAAAUGUGUUCUGGCGGAGGUGCCCAAGCAAGUAGUAGAGUACUACAGCCAUAAGGCCAUCUGUCCUAUGAGUCCUUUGAGGGACUUACUGACCCCCAUCCUCAGCCCUGUUGCCACCACCCCAAGAGAAUAACCACCCAUCCUGCUCUUGGGACCAAGCUUUGACCAGAGCACCAGUUCAGCAGACUAAGAGAGAGAAAGGAUGCAUGCCUCGUGAUUUUGGACUGAAUGACUGAGGAGAAAAUCUCCCCCCCCCCCACCCCUAAUUUUGAUGUAUGCAGGCCAAUCCCUCAUUGCUGAUCCAUCAAUCGGAUAAAGGCUUAUUAUUCCUCACUGCCCAUGAUAUUCAGCAGCUCAGCAGCUCAACUCUGUCUGUCUAUGUCUACUGUUUUCCAUAUUUUAUAUAUUUAGAUCAUUUUGAAAAUGUACUGUGCAGUACCAUAUGUUGCAAUCAAAAUUAGGUUGCUCUACCUGAAAAUACUGGCAAUACUUAAUCCAGAUGUUAUAGAUGAAUCACAGGAAGUAUAAAGAAAGGAUGCAACAUUCAGACCUAAUCUUACAGUGGCCUUGCCUCAUGUACCUACGUCUGUCUGUCUGCAGGAUUGGCCUUAUUUUAAAAGACAAUAUUUCCAGACACACACACAUCCCUAUUUCAAGUCAACCUACCAUGAACUGACAUAAGAAUGGACUAGAGGCAAAUCAUAAAUCAGCUAUAAUUAAUCGCUAAAAUUAAAAGCACUGUUCAAAAGUGCACCAGCCAUUCUCCACAAACCAAAAAUUGGCUUGUCUGCAACAGCAUAAACCACGAAUGACACCUCCCCUACCUAGCAAAUACAAAAGCAAGCCAUGCUGAGUGUGUUUGGCAGUUAGCAGGUAAAGGUGUCCAAAUUAGUGUUUUAUGUUAAAUAAUUAGCUAAUCCCCAAGUAUUUUGGCCUUCUUAAAAGCCAGGUGAGAAAACAGCAGCAGCAAAAAAUCGUCAAAAAGUGUCACCCCUUCAGACCUGUUCCGCUUGUACAUCUGUGAAACUGCAAGUGACAUAACUUUAGCAUUGUGUGAUAUUUGCUUUAGUUUGGGCUCUUUGUAUGCUUCUUUCAGUUACAAUAGUCAGCUAAUAAAUCACAGCAAGAAAGAAAAUACAGUCAACUCAUCGGUUGGGAAGUUGAACUAUGUGUUUGGGUUUCUGUGCAGCAACAAAAGUUGCAAAGAGCAAACAAAGCCCAAGAAGAUGAGUGAUCACACACUAUUUUUGUUCUUUUGUUAGGUGGCUAUGGUAUAAACUGUGGAAAUCAUCCUAAAUGUAAGGUGAAUACUUUUUUUUUAAAAUUGUUCGUUAUUGUUGUCAUCCCUAAACCAGCCGUCAUGCAUUCUUCACGUUUCUGCAGUGUGUUUAAUCAUUUUUUUCUGCUGCUUUUUAUAUGCAAUCUAGUUCUACUCAAUGUUUUGUAAGGGAUUUAACUGGUGAAUGCAGAGAUAGAUCCAACGAAAGCACAGAGCUGAUCACAGUGAGUGCUAUAAAACUCAGUCAGCUCUGGAAUGUGUUAUAUCAGUUACGUUUACAUCUGAAAUUACUAAUAUAAAAAAGGCAUAAUUUUUACCAGAUUUCCUCAGUGGUCAUCAACAAAGUCACCAUGGCACCUGUGCAUCCCCAGAACAAACUGUUUUGUCAGUCUAUUCUUUUUUAUUUCUGCCUAAAGGAUCACUGUUUACUUGAGAGGCUGCAUUUGUUUUUUUCUGUUCAAUUGAUCUUCACCGUAUUUAUCAUAUUCAAAAAGAUAAAACCUUCACCUACCUUGCCGGGGCUGUGUCAGAUUUUCGUCAUAGUGUUUCGAGUGCAAACUGUAACAAGUGAGCUGUGUCAUGUUUUGGCCAUGAGUAUUUCCCAAAGGAACACAUUAAUGCUGCGUCAGUUUCAGUAGCAUCACAAUCAAAACUGAUUGACGCUUUGCUAUUGUGCUGUACCAUACCAGUAGGAGUAGGGAAAAAGUCAACUGAACAAGAAGUAAAAUAUUUGAAUAUACUUUUUCAUUACUUAUGCAAGGAACUUUGAAAGGUUUCCUUAGCUUUAUCAAGCAAAUUUUCCCAAUAUACAGAUGAUUUUACCUCAAAAGUAUACUGUGACUGGACAAUUUAUUUAUCAAGCAUCACUAAGAGCAUAAAUGAAGAAAAAAACAUUUUUAAGGUUUGAAUUAAAUAUAUAUUGGAACAGUCUCUCUCAGAGCUGAAGAAAUUAUUUUCUGUAGUGGAUCAUUUUUUUGCCCUUCCCUUGGUUUUGGAUUGCACAUGCAAACUAAUAUUCAAAUGCAUUAAAGAACUACAAUGUGGACCUUUUAGAUCCAAAGAAAGCAUAAGUCCCCUAAAAGUAAAACAUUUUGUGAAUAAAGCAAAAUUAUUGUUUCCCAUAAUAAAAGCCUGACUGAAAAGCAUUUGCGACGCAGUUCAGAAUACAGUAAAAAUUCUGUUAUUGUUUUGUUUGGCCUACAGUUGAUUGUUGCCUCUUCUAGUAAUGACUCCAGGCCUAUACUUGAUAUAUUUGCUUAGUGUUUUGACAUUUAUCUCAUACGGUGUAUCUGUGCUCUGAAUGACUCUGAAUGGUGACUAAUUCACUUAGCCUAAAGCCAUUUAAAGCAUUGGAAGAAUAUCCAGUACUUACAGCUACUUUGGCAUACACAUAUCCAGCCACAUACAUUAAUCUGACUUUGAUUUGUCCUCUAGGGCUUCACCAGCCCUCCCCAGAUACAGACUGUUGGCUUUGCAUGAAUUCAUCUAAAGACAGCUAUUGCUCUGUUGUUGGUUGCUCUCUGAACUCCUUUGAAGAUCACAACAACUGAGGAUUCUUCUGUCACAGUGGAUCACAGGAUGAGGCCGAUUGAUUUAGCAGGUCGAGAUAUGGACCCAAAUGAUGCUGGAGGACUUUCUUAGUCUCACGACUGAAUAUAUAAGUGGCAUUAUAGGUCUCUUGGUUCACAAAAGAUUUACAAAACAAAAAACAUGACCAAAAAGUUGCCAGUCAUAAAUGGUGAUGUGAUUACCAUCAUAAAAAAUGAAAGCAUAUAUCUAUGCCACCAGCUUUAUGCUUUUGCACAUUUGCCUCCAUGUUAUCUAUUCCACCUGUUCUGACUAAAUAAGACAGGAGGUGCAGAUAUCGGUCAAUAUUACAAUUCCUUAAGGGCAAACCCGCUCACAUAUUAAUAUCUAAAAGGCAUCAGCACUUCUUUUCCCCUAUUACCUGUAACACCUUAUUGCUACUUUGCCUCAGGUUAUGAGCUGCACCAGCUCAUAUGGUUCAUUACCCUGUACUCUUAACAUUUUAAUAAGAUGGGAUUUAACAAUUGACCUCAGAAUAUACACAAUGUUUUUCCUAUUUUUUUAAUUGUUUUCAUCAGUUUUGGUUAUUAAACAAGUAAUUAGAAAAUGCCAAAACAAGUUUUUUCUUAGUUUAAACAUUUAUACAAUGAGCCAGGCAUACAGUUUGUGUCAUGCUCUUCUGGAGUCACCUGAAUUACAAAAUGUAUUAGAUGUUUAAUGUUAAAAAUGUUAAACAGUGAUGCAUGGGUCUUUAAUGCCUCAGCAGAUUUGCCCCAAACAUUCAAUCUUAUUUCAAUUCUUUAUCUUUUUCAUUCAGUGACAAAUUUCAUUGCAAUUAAUCAUGUAUGAAGUAUUACAAUAAUAUCAUUGUGUGCCUGUAGCUACCUGAACUCUACCUACAUUCAUGUUUUAAUAAGAAACCAUCAUUUCUUGCACAGUGGUGCAACAACAGUGACCUGAAUCACUGGAGACAAUAGUUCAUGAGGCCAUCUUGCACUGUGGAUUACAUUUUUUUUUGAAGAAUUCACUGAACUGCUUAAUUACCCUUAUCUAUACUCACACCAUUGUCCGACAAAAUGACCAAGUCAUAGGUUUUACACCACACUAAUUAAACAGAAUUUUUUCUUUCUCUUUCACCCAUCCACUGUUAAUCAGAACAAGGUUUACAGCCCAUAACCCUAAUAUGCAACUGGUGUAACUGCAGGCUGUGUUGGUGAGAAGCAACCCAUGCAUCAUUAGUGAAAUAAUUGAUUUAUUAAAAAGGAAGAAAGGGAUUUAUUGCAUGCUUACUUCUAUUGCUAAGCUGUGCUGUGCAGUCAUUCCUUUGGGUUUUAUGAUAUGCUAAUAUGCAAGGCUGCUUUUGCACAAAUCUCUGUUCUUGUAGUUUAGGCUCUCUGUCUUGCAGUUAGGUAAAUAAAUCUCACCAUUUAA